AGAUAGAGUGCGCAUAAAUCGAAAACUUUCUUCCAAUAAAAUAAAAGCAUAUAUCUAGUGAUGUUACCGUGGCAAAGUUAUAUAAGUCGCUGUAAAAAGUUUAUAAAACCAAAUAAAUUAUUUUACCUUUGAGUCAAAAGUUGUUCUGCUUAUUUUUCGGGAUUUCCUUACUUAACUCUCCUAUUGCUGACGUAUUACAAGCAAGCAACCAGAAUUUACGGACAUUGAAGAUAUAGGCGGCGUAGGAAUGAUGGAGAUACCUCUUGAUAGUCCACCGGACUAUACGAAAAGCAUUGCACCAUCCGCCCCCGAAUAUACUGCAACUGAACAUCAGGGAACUGAGACUCCGCAAGUUGAGCUACCCCAGAUUGGGGUUCUUCGGGUACCUCAAUAUACACAGGCUCCUGGGCAUCGACCAACAAUAAGCAAUCUCCCACCAGCUGGAUAUCCCCCACCAACUACACAUCAAGUACCAUUUACACAUCUUUCACCUCCUGGGUACACCCCAUACUAUCCUGUGCAACAACAGCCAUAUGUACAGACCUAUGCACAACAACAACAACAACAACAGCAGCCAUAUGUACAAACCCAUGUACAACAACAACAACAGCCCCAGCAACAGCAACAGCAACAAAGUGUGAUCAUAACCACGCAACAGCCACAAACCACCUACGCUGAAAAUAAGAUUGUAGCAGCAAUUCUUGUCACCUUUUUCUGCUUUUUCCCAACGGGUAUCCCUGCUAUAAUAUAUGCAGAUAAAGCAAAUUCGAUGUUUCGAUGCGGUAAUGCAACGGGAGCAGCGUUGGCUAAUAAGAACGCAACACUAUUUAUCAAAAUUUCCAUCACCAUUGGUAUCAUUACGUGUAUCGUUUGCGCUGCAGCGAUAAUCGCUGCAAUUGUUGCAGCUACGCCCAGACAUGUUGCCAGGUCUUAUGAUUAUGAGGAUUAUGUUAUCAAUUAAAUAGAGUAGUGGAGGCGCAAUGGCCCAGUGGUUAGGGCAGCGGACUCACGGUCAUAGGAUCGCGGUUUCGAUUCCCAGACCGGGCGUUGUGAGUGUUUAUUGGGUAAAAAUACCUAAAAGCUCCACGAG